AUGGCCACGAUGUCCCAGCUUGAGGCUUACACCAGCGAACUCGCUGCCGCUGUCAAGGCACUGAGCACCCACUGCGAGGACUUCAAUUGCAGCCGUGCUCAGUUCGUGAUUCCCUUAGACGCACCCAGUGAAGCCCACCGGGCUCAACAAUCCGCGUUGGCAACCAUUGCCAGAUUGCAAACCAUACUUGCGGGCCCUGCAGACUUUCUUCACCAUCUUGCGGUUCAGAAUCAGCUUCUUGCCUGUCUCCACUGGCUCGGAGAGUUCCAAGUGCUGGCUUGUAUUCCCAUCAAGGGCAGUGUCCCUAUCAAAGAUGUAGCUGACCUCGCGGGGGUCCCCGAGGUACACCUCUCGCGUGUGGUUCGAAUGAUGACCACAGCAGGGUUUCUUCAGGAGCCACAGCCUGGAACUGUUGCGCACAGUGCGCUCUCCGCGCCGUUCGUUACCAAACCAGCGUACCUCGAUGUUUCCAUGUUUCUUGCGGGCACUGCUGCCCCUGCCGCUCUGCAAAUGGCCACUGCGACGCAGCGGUUCGGACCCUCCGUCCGUCCCAACGAAACCGCGUAUAAUCUUGCCUUCAACACAUCCACCUCCUUAGCGACUCUGUGCGAGCAGCAACCAAAGCUACAGCGGCAGUGGCCCGCCUUUCUGCGCUAUGGAACGAGCGACACGGAGAGCUGCGUGACCGACCUCCUCGCGCGGAUGGACCAGCUCCAUCGCGGGAACAUAUCUGUUGUCGUUGAGGUUGGCGCUACAUCAACCGACCGCGCAGUAGCCCUUGCAAACCUUUACCCUUCCGUUCACUUCAUCGUCCAAAUGAUACCCCCGUCGUCCGGCUGGAUAUCCCCAAUCCGCCCCCCAACGCCCUGCUCCAGGCACGACGACCCGCGGCAACUCAGCGCAAACUCUGCCCAUACCGGCAGUACUCUCGGGACCUCAAAUCCCACAGGCCACGCCGCGGGGGUUUCCGUGCAGCAACGCGCCCCCGCCACACCGCAGCUCGUCUCCGACGCGGCAGUCUAUAUCUUAAACCUGCCAUCCCCGUCCCCCUCUACCUCCUUUAGCUCGCUCUUCGGCCGCAUUAUGGCGGAGCUGCGCGCCCACCUCGAUAUCCUCCGGGCGAAUCCGGCCGCAACGCUCGUCCUCAUCCCCCGACUCCUCCCGGAAACAGGCACCGUGAACCCGGAAGUCGAGGCCAGUGCGCGACUGCGGGAUCUGUCGCUCUUGCAACUCGCCAACGAGCGAGAACUGGAACUGGCCGAGUUGCUGAAUAUGCUCCACAGCGUGAGCGACAAUAUGGGUCGUCUCGUGGUCGUCAACAAGCUUCAGUCAAGAGACAGUGUAGCGAUUGUAUUAGAGGUGCGGUACCAGACCUAUAACCGGUAG